CAGCGCAGCUCAGAGUGAAAACAGAGUUCGUGGAGAAAAUGAGUAAAGUCCAGGAUCUGAGAUGGUGAAGCGGCGACUAACUGCGGCGGGGGAACCGGCCGCAGGUACAACCGGAGAGCGGCUGUAUUCUGAACUUUACGUGUGUCCUGCGGACGUCCAGCAGCUGUUCGUAAGUAAAGAAGAGGUUCCCCCUGAGCAGCAGGAGGGGAGCCCCAGUCUGGACCAGGAGGACCCACCAGAGCUGCCACACAUUAAAGAGGAACAGGAGGAACUCUGGACCAGUCAGGAGGGAGAGCAGCUUCCAGGACUGGAGGAGGCUGAUAUCACCAAGUUCCCGUUCACUCUUGUCUCUGUGAAGAGUGAAGAAGAUGAUGAAGAGAAACCUCAGUCCUCACAGCUUCAUCAGAGCCAGACUGAACAGAUGGAAGCUGAUGGAGAGGACUGUGGAGGACCAGAACCAGCCAGGGACUCUGAUCGAAAUAGACUUUUACCAUUUGAGACUAAAGACUCUUCUGAGACUGAAGUCAGUGAUGGUGACUGGGCCAAGCCCACAGAACCUCAGUCAGGUUUAAACUCUGUAAGUAACACUGACAGGAAGUUAUUUAUCUGCUCCGAGUGCGGUAAAACAUUUGGCCACAAGACAAAUCUGAAAAGACACACAAGAUGUCACACAGGAGAAAAACCGUUCAGCUGCUCAUUUUGCAAUAAACGUUUCAACCGGAGGGAACACUUGAUUGCUCACAUGAGAUGUCAUUCAGGAGAAAAACCUUUCAGCUGUUCAGUUUGUAACACGAGUUUCAGUCAUGGCUGGUCCUUGGAUAAGCACAUGAGAGUCCACAGCGGGGAGAAACCGUUCAGUUGCUCAUUUUGCGGUAAAAGAUUCAGGCAGCGCUCAGAUUUGGUCGCACACUUCCGAAUUCAUACAGGAGAAAAACCUUUUUCCUGCUCAGUUUGUGAUACGAGUUUCACUCAGCGUCACACUCUGGUUCAGCACAUGAGAACGCACACGGGGAUCAAACCUUUUCUCUGUUCGGUUUGUGGUACCAAAUUCUCGCGAAAGGGACAUCUGACGAGACACAUGGCGGCUCACACAGGGGAGAAACCCUUCAGCUGCAGUGUCUGCCACAAAAGCUUCACUUGGCAGUCACAGUGUAAAAGACAUGAGUGUGUUUGUGAGAGCAGCGGCAGUAAAGUAACUGGGGACCUUUGAAUUUUGUACCUCCCACCUCAGACUGUGUAAUGAUCAAUGUGUAAUAAUGCAAUAAAUAGAGAGAUUAGUUCUGGUUUUCUGUUGACCAGAAAAACUAAAGAUGUCUUAAAGUGGAUGGAACGUUAUGGCGCUGUGUUCUGUCCAAAUGUUGAUGCCUCACAGUCUCUGCUGAUACAUGAACAUUCUUCUUUCUUUAACUCUUGUUUACUUUUUGUUUCUUUAAAGAGGGUUUCUAAUAUUUUGGGAAAUAAAUAUUUACCGCUGCA